CUGCUACAAAAGAAGGAAAAAUAAGAGCACCACUUUAAUUCGGAGAGAGUGUUCAUCGUCUCUGGCAAUGUUGAACAUGGAAAUCGAGGAGGAACUUGAGCGGAGGAAGCUUGAAGAAGCCCUAGAAGUCAAAUCCCUCCGCCGUAUCAUCAGCGCCUACCUAAAUUAUCCUGAAGCUGCAGAGGAGGAUGUGAAAAGAUGGGAAAGAUCUUUCAGAAAGCUACCGCCACGGCAUAAGGCUCUACUAUCUCACCUUCCCUUGAAGUUUCAGAAGCUAAGAUGGUGUAUCGCUCAAAAUUCAUACUUCAUAUUUGAGAUGCUGAAGGUGUUUGAGCCCCCACUCGAUAUGAGCCAGGAUGUUGAUAUUUGUGAAAACCAACAUCUAGAUGUUGCGUCAGAUAGUCAUCACUCUUCUAAAUCAAGGAAUCCUUACUUAUGUGAGUCAACGUCAACUAGUGGUGGAGUAGAUUGCCACAGCUUGGCUGAACCAAUGUCUGAAGAAACCUGCUAUAGAAAGUUCCGAGCACUAACAAAUGUUAAUGAGGAGCAAGACGUUGACAUUUUAAAGAAAUCCAAUGCUGGGAAGUGCUCCAUCAGUUUAGAGGAUCAUGAAAGUGCUAAUAACAUUGGUGAUGAUGGUUGUAAGAGCCUUCCAGACCGGGAUCCAUUAUAUGCUUCUGCUUGUUGCAACGGAAAUGUCUCUUCAUCAUCUCCUGACUGGUUGGACCCAUCUUUGCAGCUGCAUGUUCCAUUGGUUGAUGUGGAUAAGGUUCGUUGUAUCAUCAGAAACAUUGUAAGAGAUUGGGCCAAGGAGGGUCAACAAGAACGUGAUCAGUGUUAUAGGCCCAUUCUGGAAGAGCUUGAAUGCCUAUUUCCUAAUCGAUCCAAAGAAAAUCCUCCAUCCUGUUUGGUUCCUGGUGCUGGACUUGGAAGACUUGCUCUAGAGAUUUCAUGUCUUGGUUUUGCGUGUCAGGGAAACGAGUUCUCAUACUACAUGAUGAUCUGCUCUAGUUUUAUUCUUAAUCAUGCCCAAGCUGCUGGUGAAUGGACAAUCUUUCCAUGGAUACAUAGCAAUUGCAAUUCGGUGUCAGACAAUGACCAGCUUCGGCCUGUCUCUGUUCCAGAUAUUCAUCCGGCUAGUGCAGGAAUUACUGAAGGCUUUUCCAUGUGCGGUGGUGAUUUUGUCGAGGUUUAUAGUGAUCCAAGCCAAGCAGGAGUUUGGGAUGCAGUUGUCACUUGUUUCUUCCUAGACACUGCCCAUAACAUUGUUGAGUAUAUUGAGAUAAUAUCAGAAGUCCUGAAAGAUGGUGGAGUCUGGAUAAACCUGGGGCCCUUGCUUUAUCAUUUUGCAGAUAUGUAUAGUCAUGAAGAUGAAAUGUCGAUCGAACUGAGCUUGGAGGAUGUGAAAAGGGUUGCUCUUCAGUAUGGAUUUAUCUUUGAGAAAGAAUCAACUAUCGAGACAACAUACACAACAAACUCACGGUCAAUGAUGCAAAAUCGGUACUAUGCAGCCUUCUGGACGAUGCGGAAGAAAACAGCAGCAACCCUGUAGUUGUUAAGCUGUCAAGCAUCAAACUGUUUGCAUCUUUGUGUUGCAGAAUACCAAAGAAAAGCUUGGAUACACUUGUAUGUCAUCCUAGUCAAUGCAUGCGGAUUCAAGAAAGCGGGGGAGUUCAAAGUUGUAAUUUUACGUGUCAGAUUUAAUAGUCUGUUUAUUCAUUGACCAAUUUAAAAGGGAUGGUAUGAAAUGGCUAUAAAUUUGUGAUUGUUCGAGCUUCAUCAAUGUAUAAUAACUAUGAGUGUGGUUCAUCUCCAAGUUUUCAACUUAACAUGACCUGAUUCAACUUCAACCGCUUAUAGGUUGAUCCUUUAUUGCUUUGUUCUAACCAGAGUUUUGACUCGGAUCAA